CCGUUAUUUAGCAGUUACAUAUACAAUUUUUAACGUAUUUAUUUACAUUCAUAUUACAAUGUUUAAUAUUAUAAUAUAUUUUAGUGUUUUAUAUUAUCUACUAUUAUAUAUUGAUUUAUAAUUUUUCAAGUACCUAUGUUAAUAUUUUAAAAUGGCAAGUAGAAGUGAAGACAAUAUAUUUCCGUAUGAAAAAACGUUAUUGAAUACCAUUGUAAAAAAUACGAAAGAAACUAAGGUAAUAAAUUAUUGUAUUUAUUGUUAUGCUUUAAUGUUUCACAACUACAUUAAAUAUUAAAUAUGUAGGAACCAAAUUAUUGUAAGGUAAGAAUUUUAUACAAUACUGGGUAAACAACAUUGCAUGGUUGGUAAUGUACGUAUCUAAAACAUUUUAUAUAUUACACUUAUAAAACUAUAAUACAUACAACAUAUAAUUACUAUGAAAUUUAUUAUUAAUUAAUAUUCAUCAACUAAGUUUAAAACUUAUUUUAGUAAAAUGUACCUUAUAUUAUAUUGGUAUUUUCAAUUUUGAAUUAAUUUUAAAGUAUUGUUGACAUAUAUUUAAGUUGAACCAGAAAGUACCUAAAUUAAUAAACCUCUUCAUUGUAAAAAGAAUAUCAUAUCCAUAUCAAUACUAAAACGUAAAUAAAUCAAUACAAAUAAUUUUAGUGAAUUUGUUUAAAAUAAAAAUAUGUUUUGUUUUUUUUUUAAAAAUUGUUAUAUAAUAAGCUUAUUAAUAAUUGAUAUUACAAAUUAUACUCAAUAGCUACUGUGCAGCUAGUAUAAAACACAUAUAAAAACUUUUAUGCAAUUUAAAAUGUCUAAUCUUAUUAGUUUUAUACACUUUAUAUGUAUGUAUAAAAUGUGUUUUAUAUGUUCCAACCGUGCAACUUUGUGUGAUGACUGAUUUAGUAUACAUUGUAUACUCUUAUCUAAACUUCAUAGUAGAAUAUAAAUUAUAACUAAUAUAAAUAACAUUAUUAUACUUCUUUAAAAUUUCAGCACCCAGAAAUAAGUGAUUUCAAUGUUAUUAAACCAAUCAGUAGAGGAGCGUAUGGGUAUGUUUAUUUUUGUUUAAGGUUUAUAGCAACUCAUUAAUUUUCUGUUGUAAAAUAGUAGGAAUUCUCUCUUAGUACGUUUGUUUUUUUUUAUUAUUACAAAAGGCAUAUAUUUUAAAUAGAAUUUCCUCUUAUAUAUUUUAUUUUAAUAUUUGUUUUUACAUAAUGCACAUAAUUAAUAUUUACUAUACAUUGGAGAAUAAAAAAGAUGUAAUAUGUAUUACAUAUGAAGUAAUUAUGGCAUAACUGAUUAUGUUAUCAGGAUACUAUACCUUAUUUAUAUUGUAGACAUUGAUCUUUAAAUAUUUUCUGCCCUAAGCAAAUAUUUCAUGACACUAUCUCCAAACACUGGCUGAAGUAUCCACACAAACAAUUAUUUUUUUAAUUUAGCCAUUUCAAUUUCCUUCAAUAGUUUUGCUACACUAAAGCAUCAUAUGAUCUAUUUGUACUUUUGUAAUAAGCCUGACAUGGUACAACUAAUAAAUUGGUAAUAAUAAUUAAUAUGUAUAAUAAGUCUUGGGAAAGGUAAUUAGAAAAAUGAAACUUGAAUCUCAAGAGGGUAUUAAAUUGCAAAAUACAACAAUAAGUCUACUAGCCUAUGCAUAUGACAUAGUGCUGAUGGAGGUACCGCCAGAUUGACUGAUGAAAUUAUUCUAUUAUUAUAGACUUCAUAAAAUGGCAACAAAAGUUGGGUUAUAUGAAAUAAAGAAAAAACAGAGCAUAUGGUGUUGAGCUAAUAUAAUACUCCACUUUGUCAAUGCUUAAAAAUUGAUAAGUUUAAACUUAAAAGGGUAGAACAAUUUAAAUAUCUUGGUAUCUUUAUUAAAUGAAAACAAAUGAAAUGACAAAAAUACUUUGUAUCAUGGUUAGGCCAUUUUGUAGGUGAAAAUUUGGGAAGGUAGGAUGUAUGGAGAAAUUCAAUUUAUUUAUGUACGUUAAUACAUUAUGUACUAAUAAAAAAACAUUGAAUUUUUGCAACUAUCUCAAUUGCUACCUAAUUUCAGAUUCUGAGUGAAGCAGCAAGGGAUCUAUUGAUUUUAUUGUGCAUUUUUUUUUCUGUCUUCAAAUUUUCUCCUAUUCGCUCCAAUUGUAACAUGAUAAUAUCCUAUUUUUUUGCAUUUUAGUAUUAGUUGGUACUACAUUCAAGAUAAUGAGGAAAACCUGGUUCUAUAAGAUGAAAAAGAUUAAAAGAUGAAAUAAAUAUUCUUGAGCAUUGUCACAAAGUUUAAAAAAAACCGUUAUAUAGGUCACUAAUAUGACCAUAAGACGAAAAUAAGUUCAUUAUUUUUGAAAGAAAAGUUUUGUAGAGAAUUUAUGGCCCAGUCAAGGAUAUUACUCUCUUUAUUUUCUGGAGUGGAGACCAAAAAAGAAUGUAGCACUGGAAGCUUUAUAUAGUGAUGCAAACAUAUUAAAAGUUAUCAGAAGAAGAAGACUGGGCUGGACAUAUUUGAAAGACCUAAAAAACUAUGCUACGUGCAGUAAUAGAAUAUAGUUCCAUAGGAAAAAGACCUUUGGGGAGAUCAAGGAUAAGUUAUGAAGAUGUAAUACAAAAAAAAUGUAGAAAAUCUGGUAGGUGGUCUUAAUUGGAGGAUUUGGCCUUGGGCAGAGAAUGAUGGAGGCUUGGUUGUGAAACGGGUUGGUUUUAAGGGCCCAAUAAACCUAAGAUGAAGAAGAAGUAUAAACAAGUUAAAUGUUUCACUUUGUUUUUGAACAAAAACUGCUCCACCUGUAGGUGGAUAUUAUUAUAAUAUUAUCACCAAAAUAAAGGGAACUAUAAACAUAAUAUAUUAAUUAUACUUAUUAAUUUAAUGUUUUUGGAAAAUAAGUAAAAUAAUUUUAAAAUGGAAAAAUGUCAAGCACAAUUUAUAUUUAUUUAGUGUUUUUUUUAAAAAAUUGUAAUAUAAGGUUUAUAUACUAUGAUAAAUAUAUAUAUAUUAUAUUAAAAUUACAUUAAUUUAACUAUGUACAUUAGGGUAACCUAAUUUUUAAAAAUUGUUUUUAUUUUUAAGUUUUACCCUUUAAUUCAGUUUCAAUGUGUAUACAAAUGAAGUGUACAAAGUUUUAUACCAAUUGGUUAAGUUUAACUCUUGUCUCGUUACCCUUAAAUUUCUAGAACAAAUUUGUUUUGUUCAAAUAGUGAUGUUUUUUCUUAACUUUGAAUUAAAAUCUCAUACAUAAAUAUGCUUGAAACAUUAUUUAUCUAAAAUGUAAAAUACUAUAACUCUCUUUCUCUCUCUCUAUAUAUAUAUAUAUAUAUAAAAAUUUAGUAUUAAAGUAAGAUUAUUUUCUAUAAUAAAUAAAGGAAGGAGGUUAAUUUCCAAAACUACUUUAUAAAUACAUGAUUUAUAUUAUGUCAGUUUAUUUGAAAUAAAUAUUGUUUUAAUGAUAGGAAUUAUGAACUUGUAUGCUUCAUAAUCAAAUAUUAUACUAAUCAAAAUAUGUAAAGAAUAAUAGUUUUAAUAAAUUUAAUGGUCUUUAAAUAAUGUUAAAUAUAUAUAUUUGUAUAAUUAUUGAUUGUAACAAGAUAUAAUUCAAAAACAAAAAACACAGUUUUUGAUUAAAAAUGCAUUUGAGAACUUUAAGGGCUUGUAGGAACAGAUUAAACUUAACCAAUUACCGUACAAUUUUGUACAGUUUGUUUGCAUACAUAUUGAUACCACAAAUCAUCUUUAUGUAUUAGGGCCAAUUACUUAUUAAAUAUCUUAAAGUCAGUAUAUGUAUAUGGUAAUUAAUAUUACAUAUGCAUUCAAUUUUAUAUGUAGAAAAGUUUAUUUGGGUCACAAAAAAAAGAACUUGGAACAAAUGUAUGCUAUCAAAGUUAUGAAAAAAACUGACAUGAUCAAUAAAAAUAUGAUAACACAAGGUAAUUUUUUCAUAUUUAUUGUUUGUUGAAAAUAAUUAAUUAUUAUUAUUUAUUAUAGUUGUUAAUGAAAGAAAUGCAUUGGCAUUAGCUAACAGUCCAUUUUGUGUUAAAUUGUUCUAUUCAUUGCAGACAUCAAGUUGUAUUUAUUUGGUAUUAUUAUUAAAAAAUACAUACAUAUUUGUAUUUAAUUUAUAACAUUUUUUUUAAUCAUUUCAGGUAAUGGAAUAUAUGGUUGGUGGAGAUGUUAAAUCAUUGCUUAGUGUAAUGGGUUAUUUUACAGAAGAUGUAGCAACAUUUUAUGUUGCUGAAGUUGCAUUAGCUUUGCAAUACCUCCACAGGUAGAUAAUGUACUAUUUACUGAUAAUAAUCAUAUAUAUAAAUCAGCUCAUUUAUUCAAAUAAUAACCAGGUUCAUAAAAUCAAACUAUUUAAUUUAUUUUUAUUAAAACACCAUUUUAAGUAAUGUUUAAAUAUAAAUGUAUGUAUUUAUUAAAUUAGUAUUAAUUUUAAAUUCUUAAUUAAUUGGGAAGGAACAAGUGCAGUUUAUUAUGUCACUCAUAAUUUUAAAUACUUUUCUUUUUAUGCCUCCAUGUUUUUUUAUGUUGAUUUUGAAAACAUCUAAAUUUUUAUUGUAAAAAUUAUUAUUAAAGAACUUAUGGAAAAAAUAAGAAAAUUGCGGCAGCAACAUAAGGUUGCUGGUUAAGGUCUAGCUUAACUGCAUAAACAUUUUCAACCUAAUACUGCUCUAAAGAGAAUAGUGUCAUAAAUGUAAACCUAAAUCUUAUUAUAUUAAACCUAACCAUUAACAAAUUUCAUGAGCUCGCUUUACGAUCUCAUGUUAGACUUGUAGAAUCAUAAAAAUAAAAAAAAAUUAAAUUGUUUUUUUUUAAAUAAUAGUUUUUGAAAAAAAAUUUAAAUAUUUUAAAAAUCAGCACUAAAAAAAAAAUGUAUUAAUAAAAAUAAAUCGUUUGUUUUUUAAAUUUUGAGACUUGUGGUAAAGAGCACUUUAGCAUCAGGAAAAAAAAAUAAUGUAAAAUAAAAUAAAGGUUAAUUAUGUUUUUAUAAUCAUUCAAAAUUACAUUUUCACUACUAUGAUUCUUUUAUAUUUUUUAAAUAUAGCAUAAUUCAUUCUAAUAAAUUUGUAUGACUUUAUAAUAUACUAUUAAUAUGUAUUAUUUUUUCAGUCAUGGAAUUGUUCAUAGAGACUUAAAACCUGACAAUAUGUUAAUAUCUGGCCAGGGACAUAUAAAAUUAACAGAUUUUGGUCUUAGUCGAAUUACAAUUCAUCGAGGUAAAAUUGAGUUUAAUUAUUUCUAAACAAACAGCAUACUUAAUAUUUUAUUAUGUUGUUACAGAUUUAGAAAUAACAGAUUUAAUAAAUAGCUCUCCAAAUGUUCCUACUAGAACCCCUGGUCAACUACUAUCUUUAACAUCACAUUUUUCAUUUGUAAGUAAUAAAUAGGACUGAUGACUUCUUUAGGAUACUCAUAUAUUGUUAUUGAACUGUAUAAAUGUGCUUCAGGAUAAAGUAAUAUUUAAAAGUUUGCUUCAUAUGUUGACUAUAAUUAAUGAGAAAUUGGUUUUUAUUAUUUAUAAUCCAAUAACAGAACUUGAAAUACACAAAUACAUAUUAAAAAUAAAACACUCAAAAUUAUAUAUUAAAAAAAUUAUCUAAUGCAUUAAUAAAAUAUACCUUUUCAAAUAUCUCUUAUCCUCUAUUGAUAAUAUUUGACAAUUCAAUCUCCUCAGAAAAAUAUUCAAGUUCUUUUAAAAAUUGUGUAAUAUCACCUAUUUACAAUACAGAUGAUAAGAGUUGUUCUAAUUAUAGGCUGAUUGCAAUCUUAUAACAAUUUCCAAAAUAUUUGAAAAAUGUAUUAAGGUUGUGUUAAGGAAUUUUUAACAAUAAACUAUAUUUAUUUUUUUCAAAUAAUGUGGGUUUAUCAAUAAAAAAUCAACCAAAGAUGCUCAUUUAUGGCAAUUAAUUAUAUUAGAGAUUUCUUAAAUCAAAAUAAUAAAGUUUUUGGAAUUUGUCUAGAUAUCCAAAAAGCUUUUGAUACUGUACACUAUUUAUUAUUAUUAAAAAACCUUGAGAAUGCUGGAAUACUACGAGGGUUAGCAAAAACUUCUUGAACCAUAUCUAAAUAACAUAUCUAACAUCUAACACCAUUAAAUACUAUUAUUAACUCUUUAAUAAAAUUUAUCCUAAAAAAGCCAUUUAUAGCUCCAACUUGUAUAAUAUAUAAACUGUUUAAAGUUAAUUAUAGAAAUCAUUUAUUUGUAUUAUUAUAUAAAUAUAAAUAUUAUAACAACUUAAUUUAAAGCGAACUGCCCUUCAAUCAGGUUGCCUAGAUGGUACAUAAAGUUAUAAUUAUAAAUGCACCAUUUUUAAUUUUAAUCAAUAUUUUAGCCACAUGGUUAAAGAUUAACAUAUUACAAAUUUUACCAUCUUGUUUUAAUUAUUUUUUUUUAGUGUUAUAACAUCCGUGAUUAUUAAGAUAAUUAUAGAUCAUGAGGUAUUUGUUUAUACUUAGGAAAUUUAAUCUGUUUUUUGUUUUUUUAUUAAAUAUAUUUACUGAUUUCAAAAGUAUAAGUAUACAUAUUUUAUAAUUUUUACAAGCUUAAGCCUACAAGCUAAAGUCUUUAGCCCUAGUAAUAACAAUAAGCUUUUAGACAUAUUUUUUAUUUAAUUUUAAAAUUCAUGUUGAUUUUUUUAUGUAGGGAUCAAACGAAAAGGCUCAGACCAGUGGUUUUAGUAUGAAACUAAAUAUGGAUCUAGAAGAUGAUUAUAAUAGUAGCCACGUGUCUGGAAUUGUACCAUUUCAAUCAGCUAAUAAUACAUUAGAAGGAACUACAUUUUAUACUUGUCAAAAUUGUAGUUCUACAGAUUGUGAAUGCAGUAAUAUAAAUGACAGGGAUAAACUUCAUGAUACACCAUGUUCUACUAAAAACAUAAGGUAUAGUUAAAUUUGAAAUAAUUUUAAUAGAUUGAAUUUAGCUUGAACCAUUGUUACAGAAUUCUAUUAAGUUUAAUUUUUAUUUAGUGGUUAAGUAAUUAAAUAAUAUGUAUGUAUUAAUUUGAUUAAUGUAAGUAUAUAAAUGUAAAAGCUAAACUUUGAAUUAUUCUGAGUGAAACGAGGAAUGUAUUGAUUUUACUAUAUGAGUCUUUUUAUGUAUGUAAACAACUUUUGACCAGAAAUCUUGUUCUAAUUAAACAUAUAAAAAUAUUUUUGUAGCAGUUUUGAUCUAGUUGGUGGAUUGAGGAGUUUAAUUUAUUAUUUUCCUUGUGGUUUUCUUAAUAAAUGGAAAAAUUUGACAUUUGUUUAAAUAAUUUUUGUUGAUUUCUGGGUUACCUUGAUAACAACAGGAAAAAUAUUACUUAUAACACUACUCAAUAUUGUUUAUUUUUGGGUAUUGAUACAAAUAAACUUACUACCCAUUUAACUUCUCUCUUAAACAGUGAUAUGUCCCACAACUGUUAUCAGUCUUUUUGAAUUUGGUAUUCAUUGUACGACUGACUAAUUACUUUGUAAAAAAAUUCUAACACAAUGUUUAUUUUAAUUUGAAUAAUUAUUGCCUAUUAUGUACUAGUACAUAAAUUAUUUAAAAAUAUCUUAUAAAUUUUAAAAUUGUUUAUAAAUGUUUAUACUUAGUUGGCUAUUAAAUAGAGAAUUUAAAUAUUGACCUUCUAGGUUCAUAAGCAUAUUAUUUGUAAAUAUUUAAUUUUCUAUUCAUAAUUAAUAUCAACUUUUAUCAUUUUAUUAUAAAAUUAAUGAUUAUAGUUUGGUAAAUUUUGAUUAAUUUGUUUCUAAGUAUAACAUUUCCAUAGUUAGCUUGCUACCCAAAUAAUUGUUAAAUUUAACUAUUUUAUUGAAAUAUGUAAAAUGUAUUAAUAUUUAAAUAAAAUUAUGGUGCUAUUUAUUAAUUUUUAUUUUUAGCUAUUAUUAAUCAUUAUAUUAAUUUAAUUUAUAAUGUAUAUUGUUUUAGUGUAUUUUGUAUAAAAUAUCAGUUUUUAAAUUUUUAGCAAACGCUUCAAAUCAACAGAUUCCGAUUCCCUAAGACGAUAUAGACGAAGAAUAUUACCACUUCGGGAUUUAGAAAGUAACACAUUGAAUAGUUGUGGUCUUACACAACAAAUUAAGAAUGUAGACUUAUCAAACAUAGGAUCAAAUACACCUCCCUCAGGUGUGAAAAGUGUCUUGAAACUAAAGUGAGAUUCAAUUUAAUAUAUUAAUAUUAAAUAAAAAUAUUAAUAAUGUUUUCUACAAUUAUAUUUAGAGCUGAAGAACGAUUAAGUAGUGGCCGUGUUGCUGUAUCAACUCCAGUGCAAUAUUCUCGUAAACGGUCACAUGGUGAUACUCCAAAAAUCUUAAAAUCUACUAGAUUUUGUUUGCCCACACCUACACAAUCUCCAUCUUUUUUAAAAGGCUCUAAUAUGGUAAAUGAUAAUAAACAAAUGAAACAAUUUUACAAUUUACUUAUAAUGUUCAUGAGUUAUAGGAUGAAUUAAUUAUGAGUCCAAUUGCCACUCCAUAUUUACCAAAACUAACUCCAUAUCGAACCCCUAAAUCUUUAAGGAAAGGAAAAAGAGCCAGUGAUGGUAGAAUAUUAGGUACACCUUAUUAUUUAGCACCCGAAUUAAUUCAAGGGAUAGAACAUGGUAAUUAUUAUUGAAUUAUAGUACUUGGUAAUUGUUACUAAUACAAAUGUGUAAUCUAGGAUCUGGUGUUGAUUGGUGGGCAUUGGGUGUUUGUCUUUAUGAAUUUAUGACUGGAGUUGUACCAUUUGAAGGUGAUACUGUACAAGAAAUAUUCGAAGAUAUACUCCAACGUGGUAAAUUUAUAUUAUAAUUUAUAAUGAUAAUUUUUUAUUUUAUCCACAAUUUUUUAAUUUUGUAGAAUUAGAGUGGCCAUCUGGUGAUCAAACAUUAUCUAGAGAAGCGAUGGAAGCAAUUGAUGGUUUAAUGGCAAUAGAUCAAAACGAAAGACUUUCGGGUUCAGAUUUAAGAUCUUCUACUGAAUUAUUUUCAAAUAUUGACUGGAAUAAUCUUUUGAAAGAAGUACCUCCAUUUGUUCCUACUCCUGUAAGCAUUGAUGAUACAUCAUAUUUUAUGGCUCGAAAUGAACAACAAAAUAUACAAUUAUCAAAUAUAGAUCUAGGAUAGGAUAGUUGUCUUUUUUUUUAUGAACAUCAACUUAUUAUUGGUAUUAUUAGUUUGUAUUAAUUUUUUUUAAGUACACCCCAGUUUAAGUGUAACUAUAAGGUGUAAAAUAGGUUAUAUUUUGUUUAACCAUAAUUUUCAUUUUAUUAUAA